UGGGGGUUAGGGGGGCUAGCUGGGAGUAUGGUUCUGGGUGCUGAUACCUCUCUUGCUUUGCAGGGGAACUCUACCAAUGGAGCCCGGCCUGGGUGCAGCAAGGAGUCUGACGUGGGGGCACCGGCCCUGGAGAUGGCAGUGAACUCGAUUUACUACUCGCGGGAAGAAGUGAACGCUUUCUGGGUGACGGUGCAGAGGACGGAGGCAGCGGAGCGGUGUGCGCUGCAUGGGGCCUACAUGCUCAAAGCCGAGCAGGACAGCUUGAUCCUCAAGGAGCCCCGGACACAAGAAACUCUCUACACCUGGCCUUACAGGCUGCUCAGGAGAUAUGGCCGAGACAAGGUGAUGUUCUCCUUUGAAGCUGGCAGGCGCUGCGAGUCUGGGCCUGGGAACUUCACAUUUGAGACCAAGCAGGGGAACGAGAUCUUCCGGCUAGUGGAGGCCUCCAUUCGGGAGCAGAAAGCCCAGGUAGAGGAGAACAGACAGAGCUGCGACUCCCUGGACUUGGACUGCCCCAGUGUGGUGCUGAUCCGCAACGCCCUGGCUGACUCGCUGAGCCUUGAGCUGCCUGCCGAGGGGGAUGGCCCAACGGUGCCCAAAGCUGGGCUGGCAGCAAAGCUCAGUGCUGCUCCGGAGGAGAGGGACGCCAUAGCCCUGCUGAAAGCUCGCACUCUCCCAGAGCCCCCGGUGCCACCCAAGCCUGCUCACCCCAGUACGCCCCCACUGCCCAAGGUACCCAGGGCCCUGCUCCCUUCUGAGGACGCAGCCAGCUUGUACUCCGAGCCCAUGGACGCAGUGAAGGGCAUCCGAGCCAGGCUGGACCCGCUGUACUCAGACCCCAUCGACAGCAAGCCUGGAGGUGGGGCCAUGGGUCAUGGCCCUGCCCAGGAGGAGACAAAGCUCAGGAAACCUGGCUCUCUGUACUCAGGCCUGUACGACAGGGUCCAGCCAGCGGGGAACAGCCAAGCUGAGAGGCCGCUGAGAUGCAGGGAGCACAUCUAUGAUGAGCCCGAGGGGCGGGCCCCCCACCCAGUGCCUGCCAACACCUCCAUCUACGAUGAGGCGCGGCCAACAGGCGAGGCCUGGCGCACGCAGGGCAUCGAAGACGAGGGCGGGUAUGAGUAUCCCUACAAUCCCAGAACUGACGACUACUCAGUGCCUGCCUUCCAGCACAAAGCCGGGCCCAAAGGUCCCAAACCCAUCCCUGCCCCAAAGCCCCAGUCCGUGUUCAUUCCCAAAGGCGCUGAGAGGAGCUCAGAGCCCAGCAAAUGGCGUGUGAACCCGGCUCCCGACAAACCAGGUGUCAGAUCUGGCUUGAACAACAACAACAACAACAACGAGGUGCUGUACAGCCAGGUGCUGAAGCCCCUGCGAGUGCCAGGGCAGGAGCUGUCUGUGGAUGAGAAUGCUCUAAUGCCCAUCUACGAAGACCUGGGAGAGAUAUAACCUCCUGUGCCGCAGCCCCUGCUGUGCACCUUCCUCUGGGAGGGGCCAUGGGGCCCAGAAUCCGGCAGGAGCCAUGCAGGGUGCUGUCCUCUCUGGGUCCCUGCAGGGUGGACACGGGGACAAUGCUGGACUGCCUGUCACCCUCUGCCCUGUGAGCGAGCUGGUGACUGCUUCUGUGCCAAGCAGGAGGUUGGGUGAUUCCCAGGAGACUUUCCCUGGAGGACACUAUGGUUGGUGAUGGGGAGAGAUGUUUGACUGUGGUACCUAUGUGCUGGGAUUGGCUGCUUUACCACAUAACACUUUGGCAGGGGAGGACAGGGCUGUCAUCUCUAGUGCACCCAUCACCGUGAUAUCUGGGCAUGAUGACUCUGGGAUCAUGCGAUUCCUGGGCACAUGGCUCUCCACUGGGGCCUUUUGCUGCUGAAAUGCUCCUCAGCUCCCUUCAGACUGUCUUUGUGGCCCACAGUGAUAGCAGGCUGUGCACCCCGGCACCCCGUCCCAAAAAUAUUUUUCUAAAAAUUUUAUUUUGAUAUUAAAAUCUUAAAUUUUAAAACUGAAGAAUCUGUAUGUGUGGCAUGUUUGAGGCGGGGUGCUGUCACACGCCUGUUCUUGGGGGGGGAGUGGAGGGGGGAGAGAGAGAUGCCGUGUCAGGCUUCCAGGGGCGCUGUGCCCCUGGGCCAAGGAAAGAGGCCAGAUUUGCGCUGGGACAUGGUGAGUGGCACAUACAUGCUCAUUUGCAUGUGCAAGCCCAUGCAGUCUUAUUAAACAAAAGCUGCACUGGAGAUGAGAAAAUAUUGGCUCCAUCUUCACAAAAGGUACUGGGGGAUCCUGGGAGUUGAGCUGUUGGACUUCCAGCAGGGGAAGGCAAUUCAAAUGAUAAUGAAAUAGAAUUAUAAAAUGGUAAUUUAGACUUUCAAAAGGCCCUUGGCAAAGCCUCUCACAGGAGCCUGGUAAGGAACCAGUCGCUGUGGAGUGAGGGCGAAGCACUGCCCUGGAGCAGAAGGCUCAGAACGGAGCAGGGAUCGAUGGUCUGUUUCCAUCAGAGCAGAGGGGUCACAGCAGGGCCCCAGGGGGGAGACUGGGGUUUCAGAUACUUAUUAACAAGCUCGAAAAGGGACGUGUGAAUCUCCAGAUGGCACAAAGGUAUUGAGGGGAGCCGUGCCCAGAGGAGCCCGUGAGGAAUUUGAGGGACUGAUGGAGGGGAAAAGGCAGCAUGCUGGUAAGCACAGCUGGGAUUCAGGGUUGACUAAUAACACACAUUGGAGGAUUUAAUCUGAAUUCGUCAUGUGCCUUCUCAGGGCCUAACUUAACAUUAUCUGCUCAGCAAACAGACCCAGCAUCGCUUGGCAGCUGAGUGUGACCUUGACACAAUGUGCAGCUGAUGCCAAGAAAGCUGAUUGGCCACAUAAGGGAUGGGGUGGAGAAUA